GGUGAACCUGUCGGUCUUGCCUCGCUGCGUUAUGACAGUCACGUGACGCGUUCAUAUUUCAAAUGCGACGACUUGCGACACGUUCAACAAGCUGAGAAAGAUACCAAUCAGGAAAUACACCAUGGCCACUGUAGAAGUAGGGGGAGACAACUCCGGGUUUGUUGAAAACUGGCAAAGUGGGAAGUCCUUGGCGCAGUGUAACCUCCACAUGUUGACCUCCGAGGACUCUUGUGACGUCGACUUCCGGGUUGGGAAGGAAGAGAAGCUAGUCCGAGCUCACCGAUAUGUGCUGAUGAGUCGGAGUUGUGUAUUCCACGCCAUGUUGUGUGGUCCCCUGGCGGAGAAAGGUGACAUCAAGGUACCUGACGUCGAGGAAAUAAUAUUCACUGAAAUGUUGAGAUACCUGUACACAGACACCACAAGGCCCACUGCCGAGAAUGUGACAGGUUUGUUGUACCUGGCGAAGAAGUACGCCGUGGGGGGUCUGGAGCGUCUCUGUCUCACUUAUCUGAACUCCUCCCUGACAGCAAAGAACGCCUGUGUCAUCCUGGAACAAGCCCACGUGUUUGAUGAGGAGAAGCUAUUUGACAGGGCCCUGAAGGUUGUUGUCAAGAAUGGUAGCGUCACUGUUCGGAGCCCUGGCCUUACUUGUCUUUGUGGCUCGUGUUUUCAUAAAGUUAUAAGUGCAGAGAAAUUUGUAACAUCAGAUGAUACAGGUUUCAAUGCUGUCCUCUCGUGGACUGAGGCAGAAUGUAAACGUCAAGGAAGGGAGACAACUCCGGAAAACAAACGUCUUGUUCUUGGAGAUACAGUGUUCGAGCUUGGCUUUACCUCAAUGGAAAUGGAAUUGUUUGCAAAAACAGUUGUACCGUCUGGAAUAUUAUCGGGCGAUGAAUGUACCAAGUUGUUUUCUUACCUCGUCUCACCUGAUACUGAUGUGGCACCCUUUAAAAUAAAGUCAAAACGUGACAUGGGGGUCGCUCUGUAUGCAGGCCCCAUUCACGUAGGACACAGUCAGGAGGACUCCAGCAGCACCAUCAUCUCGUGCAGCCAGGACAUGCGUCUGACUGGUCUCUGGGCAUUUGGCAAUGACAGCUGCAUUUAUGAUAUUUCACUAUAUCAAGAACGUACGACCAGGAGUCCACGUACAUAUCCGUAUGGCGAACUAGAAAAUAGACCCAACACAUAUUUCUGUUCCCAUCUAGAUGAAGAGAAACGAACGUGGGUUCAAAGAGAAGUAUCGACCGUGUUGGGGAGAAGUAUUCGCAAUGAAGUCCAACUGGAACUGUCAAAGGCAGUGGCUCUCAACAGAUAUAUCCGACAUAAAAUUACAAUUAAAAGGGCAGCAAGUGGAAUGGGAUUGUCCGGCGCUCCAAUACUAAACAGUAUCACCUUUGGCACAUGCCAGAUAUCGGUUUCAGAAGAAAGUGGCCCAAGUCUCAUCUCGAGACUCAUUUUAGAGGAAGUGUGA